CGCUCUAGCAUCGCUAGAGCGGACGUACGUGGUGGAUCGUGUCUAGAACGGUUUACGUCGACGUCGCGACCAACACACCGGUUGUGCUGUGGGUGCUUGCGUUUCGAUCAUGACAACUGCUCGCAUCACGAUUAACAGGAAGACGGGAACGGCGAUUAUGUUAUCAGUGUUCGCUAAGAAUCGUGAAUCGACGAGGCAAGAGAGCUAGAACGAAUAUCGCAGAGAAACCGUGCGUUCUCUUCUUCUCUGUACGUUUGGAGGUAGCCGCGAGAUCCAAGGGUGAAAACGCGAAGAAAGAGAGAAAGGGGAACAGGUCGAAGCGAGGAAUCGCUCUACAUUCCCGGUUGCUCGCGAACCUCGUGAAGUCUAGUGAAUAUUUUAAGACCCGACACAGGAGUAGUCCGCAUGUAGGAAGAAGAGCAGCCAGGCGCUGGCUGAUUCACUGUGUCGCAACGUAGGAGGACCCAGGCACAAACGAGAAGAAUCCUCUUCUUGAGAAUUCCGACGAUCAAGGGAGGAAAGGGAAGGAAAGGCACGAGGAGCUAAUAGAGACGUGUUUUCUCUCCCCCUCUCUCUCUCUCUCUCUCUCUUCAACUCUGUUCCCUUCGAUCUAUCGAGGUUUCGCGCCUUCGUUCAACCGAACUGACACACCAGAAUCAAGCAAACCAGUGGAACAGAGACAGAUAGAGGGAGGAGGAAUAAGAUAGAAAGAGAGAAAUCGAGCGGGAGAACUGUAGAGCAAGAGAGAGAGGGCCACAUUCCGAGCGGAUCACGGAUGCUUAUAGAAGCGUUGCGUAACGGCGUCAGACGGACGGCGAAACCGCGGCUGCUGUACGGCCGUCGAGUUUCGACAAGUUCGACGAAAAACCGUUCGACGACGUAUCCUCUUCUGGUAUCAUCGUGGUGGACGUCGAACGCACGCAGACGGAAACUGCUCGAGUCGUGCGUUCAGUGUGCUGUUCCCUCUGUGCUGGUCAGCCACAGAGAUCCGUCGGUGGCACGCGUGAGACAGGAAGAAACGUGGAGUCGGACGAACGGAAGGAUGACGGAGCGACAACGUUCAACAGCAGGGGGACGCGCGUGCGAUUUUUGCUAACGGGCCAGCACAACGACAAUAACGACGACGAAGACGACGAAGACGAAGACGAAGAAAAAAAAGACGAAGAUUACGACGUCGGUGGUGGGGGAAGAAUUUUAAGGAGGUGGAGGUGGUGGUAGUGGUGGUGGUGGUGGCGGCGGUGAGAAGAGAUGCAGCAGCAGCCACAGUCUGGCCAACAGUCCGGGGCACCGAACGGGGUAGCUGGUGGUGCCCAAUACACUCAAACAGGUGGCAUAAGCACGGCCCAACCUGGAGCGACAGGUACCGCCACGGCGGCGUCAAAUCGUGCCCAGGUGAAUGGAGGCAGAUUCGAUUUCGACGAUGGCGGCACCUACUGCGGCGGUUGGGAGGACGGAAAGGCUCAUGGACACGGCGUGUGCACAGGACCCAAGGGCCAAGGUGCAUACUCUGGUAGCUGGCACUAUGGCUUCGAGGUCUCUGGUGUCUACACCUGGCCUAGCGGGUCAGUUUACGAGGGCCAGUGGCAGAACGGCAAGCGUCAUGGCCUGGGCAUGGAGACCCGUGGACGGUGGAUUUAUCGUGGCGAAUGGACUCUCGGGCUGAAGGGUCGAUACGGUGUCAGACAAUCGACCACGUCCACGGCGAGGUACGAGGGCACGUGGUCGAACGGUUUUCAAGAUGGAUACGGCUCGGAAUCCUACGCGGACAGCGGCACGUAUCAAGGCCAAUGGCACAACGGGUUGAGGCAUGGUUACGGUGUAAGAGCCAGUGCACCGUUUGGAUUAGCAAGUCACUACAAACCAUCGAAGCAAGUCAGAGCAUCCUUAACGUCUCUGAGAAGCGCGGACGAUGGGGGAGCAGUGGCGCCAACCCCGGAGCCAACUGAUAGAAGGGAUCGUCGAGUCGGUGAUAGCAGAGGUGGUUUCGUUUUAAAAGCCAGGAGCGACAAUCCUCCAGCGCGCAGAAAGAGUCUCACGGAGAAAUCACUGAAGAAGGGUAUCCUCUCGGGUUUGAAGAUUCGAAAGCAGAGAAGCACGGGUGACCUGGAAAAACAUGGAACCGGAGGCAGUAUUAGGAGCAACGCUAGCUUCGCGUCGUGGAUGUCGACAGAGAGCUCGCGGAGCCAGGCGUCGGCGUCCGUUCACACGGACAGCAAUGCGUCCUUUGUCAUCGAGGACGAGCAGAUGGACGCCUCCGUGACCGAGACGUACUUAGGAGAGUGGAAGAGCGACAAGAGGUCAGGCUACGGUAUAUCGGAACGUAGCGAUGGCCUGCGGUACGAGGGUGCAUGGUUCAAUAACCGUAAGUACGGCUACGGUGUCACGACGUUUCGCGAUGGCACGAAGGAGGAGGGCAAGUAUAAGAACAACGUGCUGAUCACCAGCCAGAAGAAGAAGCAUCUGUUCCUUAUCAGAUCGGCCAAGUUCCGUGAGAGGAUAGAGGCGGCGGUGAACUCAGCUCAAAGGGCGAGCAAGAUCGCUCUUCAGAAGGCGGAUAUCGCGAUCUCGAGAACAGCUACUGCUCGAGGAAGAGCAGAAUUAGCGGACACCGCCGCUGAAGAAGCGAGAGAUGAUUCGGAGCUUGCUCAACAGACGGCGAAACAAUUCGCGCCGGACUUUAGGCAACCGGAGCUGGAAAGGUUACGGAACAGAGAGAUAUCGAAAUACGUGCCACCACCUCAAGACAGUGUUCCAGGGAAGAGUAUUCUUCACAAGGCGGCCACCGUCGAUCAGCCUGGCUCAACACCGAUGAAGAGUCCAACGUCUGAGCAAACGACGAACACGUCAGCCACGUCAACCGCGAGCAACGUGAUGCAAUCGAUUAGGAGAGCCAGCAUGAAGCCGCAGAGUCAGCUGCAGCAGAAUCAGAUGAUGCCCAAUCAACUGCCUCAGAAUCAGAUACAGCAGAACCAGCUGCCGCAGAAUCAACUAUCUCAGAGCGAGUUGAACCAAGUGACCCCGGCUCAGCUGGUGAAUCAGCUGCCUAUGAAUCAACUGAACCAGGCUAAUUUGGCUGGACAGAACCUCUAUCAGACGCAGUUCCCUCAGUCGAUGCCUCAGAAUCCUAUGCAAUACCCGAACAGUAUACCUAAUCAGUAUCAGCCAUCUAACCAGUUUCAAGGGGGUCAAUACGGCAUGCAGAAUCAGUAUCCUCUACAGGGUAGCCCAUAUAAUCAGCCACAGUACCAACCAAUCAGUCCACCUCAGGGCGAUCAGUAUUUGUACCAGCAGCAACAACCGGUCGGUCCUCAAGGGUAUCCUAACAUGCAGGCUUACCCUAAUCAGCAGACUGCGUUGCCAAAUCAGUAUGGCUCUGGCCAGAUGAAUCAAUACGGCUCUCAGCAAUUGUACGGAAAACAGCAACAGCAACAACCACCUCCACAGCAACAAACACAAGUUCCACAGCAGUAUCCGGCUGACGGUGUCGGAGAUCCACAACGACCACCGAGUUCCACGAGUAUACGAAGAAACAGCCGUAUCCUGACGGCUCAGGAUCGACCCAACACUAUUGGACAGACGCUAAACGACAGACUAGAUCACUAUAAGGUGCCGCCCAGCCGUGGUAGUUCCGUAGAUCGUUACGCUAGAGCGCAUUCCCGGUUGACUGGAUCGAGACAGCCGUCCAUCGAUAAGACCGUCACAAAUCCGCCCCAGGACAUGCUCGACAGAUCAACAAGAGCACCUAGCUCGAUGCGAUCAGGCACACCGCUGAACGGAUCCGUGGUGGGCAGCGGUGCAGCGACGCCGACGUAUGCAGCCUCGACUUCCAGCCAGUUCGAUGGCUCGAUCCUGAAGGAGGGACUUCUGACGGGUUCAGGACAGCCUAAGCGUACGGAGAGCUUAUACGUCACGCCCGGACGCGGCUCGACCGCAUCCGGUGGCGGAGGCGGCGGCGGCGGCGGGGGCGGCAUGUCGAAGGACGCAGGCCGGACGGUCCCCGCCUUCGCCGCAACGUCAAAGGGCCGCGCAACCCUAUGA